GUCAAAAAAUUCUACACACCAGCAGUGUGUGAGGAGACCUGAAAGUGGCACAUGGCAGAGUGUGGCGAUGGAGACAGCAGCAAUGGGAGGCCGUACAGGGACCCAUGACAGACUCUGGACCUGGCAGCAGCAUGAGGAGGCGGUAUAUAGGGGCCUAUGGCAGAUUAGGGGCCUGGCAGCAGCUAUGGGAGGCCCAUAAUCUGCCAGCACCCUAUGUCAAAAAAUUCAACACACCAGCAGUGUGAGGAGACCUGAAAGUGGCACAUGGCAGAGUGUGGCGAUGGAGACAGCAGCAAUGGGAGGCCGUACAGGGACCCAUGACAGACUCUGGACCUGGCAGCAGCAUGA